AUAAUAUACAAAAUAUUAGUAGGGUAUAGAAGUAACAUUUUUUAUCAUUACCAGCAAUUGUUUUAUUAUCGACACCUAAAGUACUCAGUGAAAUUUCACUUUUCGGUCAGAAAAAAACUAUAUUAACUUUUUAAUACUAUUUUAAUCCAUUUUAUCCAAAUAUUUCUUAUUUGUUUUAAAUGUUUAAUGAUUGACUUACAUUAUUACGUAAUACGUAAUCAUUGUCAAGUAAACAUGUAAAUUGUUGCUGAAUUCCAUUUGUUUUAAGUUAUGUAGAAUGACUAGAAGCAGUGGGAGAUAACUGUAAAUUAAAACCGUUCGAAACUAAAGAGAGAGUACGCAAUUUAGGUAUAGUUGAUUUUUCUAUUGUUAAAAUAUGUUUAUCAGAAGUGUUUAUUUGUUAUUAUUUGUUUUAAAUACUUUUUAUUCAGUUCAAAGUGGCGAUAACAUGCUAAAAGAAAAAAUGGAAAAAGAAGAAGUUAUACCAGAUGUUAUUGAUAAAGUGCCAGAAGAAGUUACUGAGGUAAUCUACCCUAGCGGUGCCAAAGUUAACUUAGGAAAUGAGUUAACACCGACGCAAGUUAAAGACGAACCUGUUGUAAAAUGGACGUCAGAUGAUAACGCAUUUUAUACUGUUGCUAUGGUCGAUCCUGAUGCACCUAGUAGGAAAGAACCAAAAGUUCGUGAAGUACUGCAUUGGUUAGUUGGAAACGUACGAGGAAGUAACGUAAAAAGCGGUGACGUCAUUGCUGAAUAUAGAGGGUCUGGUCCUCCAUUGAACACUGGUUUACAUAGAUACAUAUUUUUGGUUUAUAAACAAAAUAAUAAGAUUGAAUUUAGUGAAAAACGGAUAGAUAAUAGGUCAAGAGAAGGACGCCUCAACUUCUCUAUAAGAAAAUUCUCUGAAAAAUAUAAUUUAGGACAGCCUGUAGCUGGCAACUUCUACCAGGCUCAGUGGGAUGAAUACGUUCCAAUUUUACAAAGUUUAAGUAAACAAUAACUAUUUUGAUACGAAAUAAAUAUUUGAUUUUUAUCUUUUUAAUUUUUAA